UGUAACCUAAGGCAAUUAAUUUAAGUCUAAAUAAAUAAAUACAUCUAAAAAUCCAAAUUAUAUUAUUGCAAUGCGUGGAUACCAAGAAAACGUAGAAGACGAAACGGACCAUUAAAUACUAUACGGACAUUCAAACAUUCGGUGGCUAUAGCUGCAUGUUGCUCAAGUUAAACGCACCUAGAUACCAACAUGACACGCGCCACUUGUGACUAUUCAGCUCAUUAGAGAGACCGUUUCAUUUUUUUUUUGUUUCAAUGAUUUUAUCUGGAUGAGAUUAGAAAUUUGCAAUAUAUAAGGCCAGUUUUCGGCUACCAUUUCUAAGUUUAGUCGACGACACAUUUGGAGAAAUAAAGCAAUCAUGAGGAGGUUUAGCGGCCCCUUAGUCUGGGCGCUCAGUAUCCUUUCCAUUAUAAACCUGACCAUUGCUCAGGGCAAGAGCAGUCUUAUAAGUGACGAUCUCCUCAAGGAUGCGAUUUCCAAAGCCAAAGAAACUCAUUUAGAAAGGAUGAAAAUGCAGUAUCGUGUUUGGGCAGCAGGUGGUGGUCUUGAUCCAAAAUCGCAUCAGGCGACGGCCGCAGCUUUUGGAAAAGCGAAUAAACACGCAAUUCGUUGGGCAAACACGUCGCUACUUUACGAGUUGGCUUCAAAGGAGAUAUUAAACGCCUUGGGGCACACAAAAAGACCGGAAAUUUUAUCUGAACUAAAAAAUAUAGACGUGUCUGAUCUGCUUCCCGCUACCAAAUACGCAACAGACACAAACUGUAGCGACUCAGGGCCAUGCGAUGCAACUUCGCCAUAUAGAACCCUCACCGGAUACUGUAACAAUUUGGCCCAACCUGACUUGGGAACUAGUUUGUCUAACUUUAGACGACUAUUAUCUAGUGCUUACGACGACGGCAUUUCGGCGCCGAGGAUAACGGCAGCUAGUGGCAAUCCACUACCAAAUCCCAGAUCAAUUUCUACAACUGUCCACCCGGAUGUUUCUCAUUUGAGUAACAAUUAUACGAUGUUGAUUAUGCAGUUUGCUCAGUUUUUGGACCACGAUAUUACCUUAACACCCCUGAAUCAAGGAUUUCAGGAAUCUAUCCCAUCCUGUAGACCCUGCGACAGUAAGCAAACCGUGCAUCCUGAAUGUAACCCGUUCCAAAUACCUCCAGAUGAUGACUUUUUCCCUCAAUUCAAUAGUACCACUGGCGAACAAGCAUGCUUUCCGUCUAUGAGAACUUUACAGGGGCAAAGUACACUCGGCUCUAGGGAACAAGUCAAUCAAAAUACUCCGUAUUUGGAUGGAUCAGUGAUAUACGGCGAGAAUAACUGCGUACUUCAAAUGGUUAAAGGAGAGAAUGGAAGAUUAAACGCGUCAGAUCUCGGUGAUGGAUCGAAAGAUUAUUUGCCCAGAACUACUACUAACGUGGAAUGCAAAUCUGCAUCAGGAUUAUGUUUCUAUGGCGGAGAUGGUAGGGCUUCGGAACAGGCAGGUUUGUCGAUGAUGCACACGAUUUUCUUGAGAGAACACAAUAGAAUAAAUGAUGCCUUGCAAACGUUAAACCCAUCCUGGAGCGCAGAUAAGCGAUUUAAUGAAACCAGAAGGAUAGUUGUUGCCAUUCUACAGCACAUCACUUACAACGAAUUUUUACCGAGGAUUUUGGGUGACGGUCAGUUGGACGAUUAUGGACUUAGACUAUUAGAUGACGGAUUCUACGUGAAUUAUGAUCCGAAUUGUAGUCCGGACACAUAUACUGAGUUUGCCGCAGCUGCCUAUAGAAUUGGUCACUCGCUUCUACGAGCUCGAGUUCCAAUGUUAGACAACAAUUUCACAAAUGUGGAUCCUCCACUUUUAUUAAGAGAUUCGUUCUUCCAAACCGACCGACUGUUCGCUCCGAAUAUAAUCGAUGAUAUAGCCCGUGGUAUCAGUUCGACGCCAAUGGAAGAUCUAGAUCGAUUUGUUACGAACGAAGUUACAAAUCAUUUGUUUGAAAAUACAAGAGUAAACUUCACUGGUGUCGACUUAGUUGCUUUAAAUAUUCAGAGGGCCAGGGAUCACGGUAUUCCUCCCUACAACGACUAUCGCGCAUACUGUCUUAACUCUCGUGCGGACACCUUCGAUGAUUUAUCAGACACAACGGCUGCGGAUGCCAUAGAGCAAUUACAACAAGCUUAUGAGAGUGUGGACGACAUCGAUCUCUUCCCUGGUGGAUUGACCGAAAAUCAGUUACCUGGUGGUCUGGUUGGGCCCACUUUUGGUUGCAUUAUUGGUCUUCAAUUUGCUCGCUUAAAACAAUGCGAUCGAUUUUGGUACGAAACCCAAGAUCGUACGGUAGGAUUUUCGGAGCAACAACUGGCUGAGAUAAGAAAAAUUACAUUUUCCAAAUUGAUAUGUGAUAAUAUUGAUGGUAAUAACAACAUACACGCCAUUGCUUUCAAUAUACCGUCGGAUUCAUCAAAUCCAAGAGUGCCGUGUGAUUCACUUCCAGCACCGGAUCUUACGGCUUGGCAAGAAUAGUUGCUUGUUUUGUAAUUAUUGAUUUUGCACUGAUAUUUUUCAAUAAACUCUCA